UGGCGGAGUGCCUCACCCCUCCCCACACACAGCAAUACUCGAGCAGAACCAGGAAAUAAUAACCAGCCCGAACACCAUCUACCAGUGAGCCUGAGCAGCUAUCCCCGCUGAGGUGGGCGAACGCGGACGCCUGGGUCCAGCACUUCUCUGCCCACCAUGGGGAAAGGAUCCCAACAGCCAAAUUCUUCAGACCAAGACGAAGUGUUGAAUCACUGCCAGGAUGUAGAGAAAGAGUACAAAUGGGGGUCCAACAUCAAGAAGCCAGACAGGGAAAAAUCCGGCUCCUCACGGGUUUUCAUCCCUGUGUGCGUGGUGCUGGUGCUCAUCAUCUUGGCCCUGCUGGUAGCUGUGACUGCUGCCCAUUUGGGAUCCCCUUUGCUUCACCCGGACUUCUCCCACGUGUGCCCAGAUGCCUGGCUUGGUUUCCAAGGGAAAUGCUAUUACUUUUCUGAGUCUGAGAACAAUUGGACCACCAGUCAGGAAAGCUGCGAGGCCCUGGGAGCUUCACUGGCCCUCAUAAGCACCAUGGAUGAACUGACCUUCAUUAAAAGAUACAAAGGCGAAGCUAACCAUUGGUUUGGGCUGCGAAAGGAGGACAACAGCUGGUGGUGGGCCAAUGGCACAGCCUUCAACAACUGGUUCGAGGUGAGGGGCAGUGGACCCUGCGCGUACCUCAACCAGGAGAGGAUCAGCUCGUCCCUCUGCCACACCAUGAAGAACUGGCUCUGCAGCAGACCGGACGACUACGUCCUCUGGAAGCAAAAAGCAUAUCCAAAAUAAAAGCGCAUGUAAACAGGAGCUUCAUCCCCGUUCUCUGACGAGAAGGACAGCUAUGCACAUAUUCCUUUGGUAAAUCCUUACACCUCACUCUGUCACCAACAUUUAUGACUGUGUUUUCAUGAGACUUUCUGCUCAGGCAAGCUAGAUUAUCAGUGAUCUCUUACUUCUGGAUCACUGCAUCAGAAAAAGCUUAUCAAGGCUUUUCUAUGCACUUUCGAAAGCAGUAUUUAGCCUCUAAGCCAGCCAGAGCCAUAAUUCACAUGAGUGAGCAACUUAAUUUCAGAGAAUAGAUGUU